ACACUCGAGGUGGGCAGAGCCCAGCCCAGCACGAUGGUGCCUGUAAUUCCCAAAUCCAGGCCGCGCCCGCAGAGCUAGACCACGUUUGUCUGCAAGGUAGGCAAGCUGCACCCGUCAAGUGUCAAGUUUACUCUUCCUCGGACCCAUGUUACCAAUACUCUACUGUGUAUCACAGAUGCAUCUCAGAUCCCGUCGUUGGAAAAUCCCUGGAAAACACCCCCGCCCGCGGGCGCGGCGUGGCGCUUCUCCCGCUAGGGACCGGGCGGGGACGCCCCUCGGCCCAGUCCUGCCGGAACUCCGCAUCCUUCCCAGACGCGCCGACCCAGUGCGAGUGCAGUCAUGUUUGAAAUUAAGAAGAUCUGUUGCAUCGGUGCGGGCUACGUGGGGGGACCCACCUGCAGUGUCAUUGCUCAGAUGUGCCCGGAAAUCAAGGUGACGGUUGUCGAUGUCAAUGAGUUAAGAAUCAAUGCGUGGAAUUCUCCUACCCUUCCUAUUUAUGAGCCAGGACUAAAAGAAGUAGUAGAAUCCUGUCGAGGAAAAAAUCUGUUUUUUUCUACCAAUAUUGAUGAUGCCAUCAAAGAAGCGGACCUGGUAUUUAUUUCUGUGAACACACCGACCAAAACCUACGGCAUGGGCAAAGGCCGGGCCGCUGACCUCAAGUAUAUCGAAGCGUGUGCCAGACGCAUCGUAAAGAACUCCAACGGGUACAAAAUCGUGACUGAGAAGAGCACCGUUCCGGUGCGGGCGGCAGAAAGUAUUCGUCGUAUAUUCGAUGCGAACACAAAACCCGACUUGAAUUUGCAGGUGCUGUCCAACCCCGAGUUCCUGGCCGAGGGAACGGCCAUCAAGGACCUGAAGAGCCCGGACCGCGUGCUCAUCGGCGGCGACGAGACCCCGGAGGGCCAGAAGGAGGUGCGCGCCCUGUGCGCCGUGUACGAGCACUGGGUGCCCAGGGAGAAGAUCCUCACCACCAAUACCUGGUCGUCGGAGCUCUCCAAACUGGCAGCAAAUGCUUUUCUUGCCCAGAGAAUCAGCAGUAUUAACUCCAUAAGUGCCCUGUGUGAAGCGACCGGAGCGGAUGUGGAAGAGGUAGCAACAGCCAUUGGAAUGGACCAGAGAAUCGGAAAUAAGUUCCUGAAAGCCAGUGUUGGUUUUGGUGGGAGCUGCUUCCAAAAAGAUGUUCUGAAUUUGGUUUAUCUCUGUGAGGCUCUGAAUUUGCCUGAAGUAGCUCGUUACUGGCAGCAGGUCAUAGACAUGAAUGACUAUCAGAGGAGGAGGUUUGCGUCCCGGAUCAUUGAUGGCCUGUUCAACACGGUCACCGACAAGAAGAUUGCUAUUCUGGGCUUUGCAUUCAAAAAGGACACAGGCGACACCAGAGAAUCCUCCAGUAUCUACAUUAGCAAAUAUCUGAUGGAUGAAGGCUCACACCUCCAUAUAUAUGACCCUAAAGUGCCCAGGGAACAAAUAGUGGUGGAUCUUUCCCAUCCAGGGGUUUCACAGGAUGACCAAGUGUCCCGACUUGUGACCAUCUCCAAGGAUCCCUACGAGGCAUGUGAUGGGGCCCAUGCUGUUGUCAUUUGCACCGAGUGGGACAUGUUUAAGGAGCUGGACUACGAACGCAUUCAUAAAAAGAUGCUCAAGCCGGCCUUCAUCUUCGACGGGCGCCGCGUCCUGGACGGGCUGCAUAGUGAGCUGCAGACCAUUGGCUUCCAGAUUGAGACCAUUGGCAAAAAGGUAUCUUCAAAGAGAAUUCCAUAUGCUGCUUCUGGUGAGAUUCCGAAGUUCAGCCUUCAGGACCCACCGAACAAGAAGCCCAAAGUGUAGACGGCGCAGCUUUUAUUUAUGACUUCUUUGCUACUUUAGGAUAACAGAUAUCCGAUAUGAGAUUGCUAAAUGAACCAAGUUGUUUUUAAGGAAACAAAAUUAUUUUUUUAAUCAAGUUUAUACUAGCUAUAUGGCUAUUAGCAUAUCUGAUAAUUAUGAAUCUAGAAUAUUUUUACAUAUUUUUAUAUAAUUAUCUCAGUUAUCAGAUGGAUAGAAAUUAAUCAUGUCGGUUUGAAUCAUGUCAAUUUUUGUAAAAUAAAAAUGAAACUUAAAAACACUUUUUACUUUACAAGUCUCCACAGGCAGCACUUUAAUGUCACAUUCUAAAGGGAAAGGCAUUUUGGUUUCUGUUACCAGUUUAUUUGCUUGUUAUUAAGUAUGUAUCUUGAAGCCAUGAAAUUAUCAUGCUAAGUGACCUUUACAAGUAUGGUCUGGUGAAAGUUCUUCGUUCCUCUCAUUGUAAUGCGAUCUGCCAUCACUUGUUAACCUGAAAAGAUCAUCACUGCAUUUCCAACCACUCUAACUUUGAUGAGUGCUCACUUCUGAAAAAACAUAUUUAGCUGGGUGUGGUGUCACACACCAGUAAUCCCGGCACUUGGGAGGCUGAGGCCAAAGGA